GUUAUGCAGCACUUUUGAGUUCAUCUCAUGAACGUCAGCAGCUUCACGACACGUUAAUCAGUGUAGUGUUCUAGUCACUAGCAAAUAAGAGAGAGUUUUUGUGUCUCACUCCUACCUCAAAAGAAUUCCUCAUCAUCAUCUCUCGCAUCUCUCUGCGGUAGCGCGAGCCACACAGCGCAGCCAUGGCCAGCGACGAUCAGCGGGGGCUACAUUAUGAACAAACGUUGAUGUAUGGUCGCUACACACAGGAGUUGGGGGCGUAUGCUAAAGAAGAGGCAGCUCGCCUGAGGGAGGAGGGGGUGCGGAGACCCUCGGUCGCAGAACGCUCACGCUCCCUGGAACUCCUGGAGAAUGACAAGGGCUGCUGCGCCAAGUGUCGCAUCUGUACGGUGCGCUGUCAGAAGUUCCUCAUCUCUUGUGUUGGUGAAGACUGGAUCUUCCUCAUCCUCCUGGGUCUAUUCAUGGCUCUGCUCAGCUGGCUGGUCGACUUCGGUAUCGGCAUCUGUCUACAAUCACAGAAGUGGAUGUUUGUGAACCUGGAGAGUAAUGUGUUUCUCCAGUACCUGGCCUGGGUCACCUACCCUGUGGUGCUCAUCACCUUCUCAGCUGGCUUCACACAGAUACUGGCCCCACAGGCCGUAGGUUCAGGUAUCCCAGAGAUUAAGACCAUUCUGAGGGGUGUAGUGCUGAAAGAAUGCCUCACCUUUAAAACCUUUGUGGCCAAAGUCAUCGGCCUCACCUCUGCCCUCGGCAGUGGCAUGCCUCUGGGCAAGGAGAGUCCGUUUGUUCACAUUGCCAGUCUUGGUGCUUCACUUCUCUGCAAGUUCAUGUCUCUGUUUGGAGGAAUCUAUGAGAAUGAGUCGAGGAACAUGGAGCUGUUGUCAGUUGCCUGUGCUGUGGGGGUGAGCUGUGUUUUCGCUGCCCCUGUAGGAGGUUUGCUGUUCAGUAUUGAGGCAAUGUCUACGUUCUUCACUGUGAGGAACUACUGGAGAGGGUUCUUCGCUGCUACCGUCACUGCCUUCAUGUACAGAGUCCUGGCCGUGUGGAACAGAGACGAGGUGACCAUCACAGCUCUGUUGCCAACCAAUUUCCGUCAGGACUUCCCCUUUGACCUCCAGGAGCUCCCAGCCUUCGCUGUCCUUGGUAUUGCCAGUGGUUUUGGCGGAGCGUUGUUUGUCUGCCUGAACAGACAGAUAGUCCAGUUAAUCAGGAACCAGAAGACCAUCAAAAAGUUCCUCAUGAAGAAGCGUCUGCUGUACCCAGCCCUGGUCACUCUGCUUGUGUCUACGCUUACAUUUCCCCCCGGCUUCGGACAGUUCAUGGCAGCCAAGCUGACCCAGAUGGAGUCCCUGGAGACGUUGCUGGACAACCACACGUGGUCCAAGCAGGGCAUACCCGAGGAGUUUGACAGCAACAGCCACUCCCAGGCCUGGAAACACCCCCAGGUCAACGUCUUCGUCACCCUCACCCUCUUUGUUGUCAUGAAGUUCUGGAUGUCUGCUCUGGCCAUGACCAUGCCUGUGCCCUGUGGAGCCUUCAUGCCUGUCUUCGUCAUUGGGGCAGCGUUUGGCCGUCUGGUCGGGGAGAGCAUGGCCGCCUGGUUCCCUGAUGGCGUCCACUCUGAUGGCACCAUCUACCCCAUAGAGCCAGGAGUGUACGCAGCCGUAGGUGCGGCGGCCCUGUCUGGAGCAGUCACUCACACAGUGUCAACUGCAGUUGUUGUGUUUGAGUUGACGGGUCAGAUCAGCCACAUCCUGCCGGUGAUGAUAGCGGUGAUACUGGCCAACGCCGUGGCCCAGUCCCUCCAGCCCUCGCUAUAUGACUCCCUCAUCAUGAUCAAGAAACUACCUUACCUCCCUGAGCUGGGCUGGGGUCACCACGAGAAGUAUAAUAUUUGUGUGGAGGACAUCAUGAUCAGGGAUGUGAUGUACAUCACCCUCAACUGCUGCUACAGAGACCUGCAUGAUGUACUACUGUCUGGACACCUCAAGACCCUAGCCCUGCUCGAGUCCAGUGAGUCGAUGAUCCUGCUGGGUUCUAUUGAGCGUGCCCAGCUCCAGGCCCUCCUGUCCCUACAGCUGGGCCGGCCACGGAGGCUGAAGUACCUGAGAGACCGGGCUGCUGCUGAGAAGCGCCUGUCGGUGGUCUCCCACCCAAGCAGCGAGGACGGCUCCACCAUGGUCAACCAGGAAGUCCACUUCCAGGUCAAUAAGAUCUCCACAGAGGAGUCUUCCUUCAGUUCCACCCCUACCCCCUCCAUGAAGCCACUGAAGCCGGCCCUGAAGAGACCCUCUGUGGUGGACCGCCCUACUGAGAUAUCCAUGCCCACAAGUCCACAGGACCACUCUGGCAGCACCUUAAAGAACCUCUUCCGUGUCAGACCUGAUAAAGAAGGCCUGGAGGAUGACUUGGAUGUGGAUGAUGACAUGACCAUCAGAGAGAUUGCAGAGUGGGAGGAGAAGCAGCUUGACGAGCAGGUGAACUUUGACAACUGCAUGAUCGACCCCGCCCCCAUCCAACUGGUGGAGCGCACCUCACUACAUAAGACCCACACCAUCUUCUCUCUGCUGGGGUUGGACCAUGCCUACGUCACCAGCAUUGGACGACUCAUCGGAGUGGUGUCCCUGAAAGAGCUGCAGAAAGCCAUCGAGGGCUCUGUGGCAGUGAAGGGGGUGAAUGUUCGCCCCCCUCUGGCCAGUUUCCGGGACAGCGGCACCAGUGGCACCAUUAUGAACAACGAGAACAAAGCCAGAGAUCUCCACAAGCUGUGGAACCGGCGAAAGUCGAUGUCCCUCCCCCAGGAGCACCGAGCCUCCGACUCUGACGAGAAGUCCAAGUGAGGUGGACGGGGAUAGGUUAACGGGGAUGGGGACAGGUGGACGAGGAUGCGGACAGGUGGACGGGGAUGGGGACAGGUGACACAGGAAUGGGGACAGGUGUGUUGGCGAGGAGUAGGAGGAGCGUUGACCCCCCCCCAACUCAAAACCACAACCAAUGCUGCAAACUCAUGGCUUGGAUCAAUAUUUAAUUCUGGACUAUAGAGUUCUCUCCUCUUACUCCUCUCCUAACCUUCCUCUCCAUCCCUCUCUCCUUUACCCCUCCUCCCGGUUGGUCUUUGGGCCCUACACUUACUCAGCUCUUAUGGAGGAGGAAUGGACUCACCACAGACUGGACCCUGCUCUCCACUAGGCUUGGGGGGGCCCACAACCGAAUAGAUCUGUGUGUUAGGGAGGGGAGAGGAGGGAUGGACUCACCCUGCGCUUGGCCCAACCAGAACAGAAGAGAUCUGGGUGUUAGGGAGGGGAGAGGAGAGGAGGGAUGGGUUAAGGUGUCACUGCUUAACAAAGGUGGUCAGAGCACAAUGUAUAGAAUAUGCGUGGUUUGACUAUAAAAGGAAUUGCAUUUUUAUACAAAUUUUGCAGACUUGGCUAUUGGUCUGACUUUGAGGGGAAAUUUAAAAAAGAAAAUCCCAUGUGUAGCACCUUCUCAGAAAAUACAGUCUCAAACACACAUGCACAAGUUUUAAUAAGAGCCAGUCUGCACACUCCAAGACAAUGGAGUUUUCUCUAAAAAUAGUUCUUUAUAACCUUGAAGAGAGGAAGAAGGAGAGGGAGAAGAGGGAGAGUGAAAAAGGCUAAAAUAUGACAAUAUGAAAGCGUUUUCUGUUAUCUAAUCUGCUGCGUUAGGGAGUUUUCUUCAAUAGAACCCAGGGUAGCUUUCUGGUUGGCCAACUUCACAUCCCCACUGUAUAUGUCCACUGUCCAGUAACACUACGGUGAUCAGAGUAAGGUCAGACCCAGACCACAUAGAACCAGUUUAAAUAAUGUUGACCAGUAGCCAACUGACUGAAACUAGAUAUCUGAACUAACUGACCAAUGAUCAAACACUACAGCCCAUCCAUACUGACCAAUUAGAAGUCGUCAGCAUUACCGAUCUGUGAUCUAUACAUGACCAAUGAUAAAGCACUACAUUCCUACUACAGUAUGAGUUAUCAAUAGUCCUACUGAUAUAUAGACCUGCCUAGAGGAGGUCUGGUUAGAUGGUUAAGAGUCUGACCUCUGUGGUUUUGAUUUAUUCAUGUAUUUUCCUCAUGACAGUCGCUGGCUUAAUGUGCUGCAUGGUUUCCUUAGUCAUUUGAAUGACUAAGGAAACCACUGCUUGGUGUUGAUUUCUGCCAGCGAUGUAAAGAUGUCUGCUCACAUAUGCAAGCUCAGAUGGUUGUGCUUUUACACAUUCAUAUGCCUUAUUCAGUUCCACAUUGAAUAAAGUACACACACACACACAAGCACACACACACAGUAUUGUACAACCUUGUUGAGACACAAUUCAGUCCCAUUCAAAAUCCUACUUUCCCUAACCUUAACCCUAACCCUAGCUCCAAACCCUAACCUUAACCCGAAAACCUAACCCUAACCCUAGCUCCUAACCCAAAUUCUAACCCUAACACUAAUUCUGACCUUAACCCUAAACCCCCUAGAAAUUGCAUUUGACCUUGUGGGGACCAACUAAAUGUCCCCAGUUGGUCCAAAAAAAUUGGGACAAUUCUUGAGAGGACUUCUGGUCCCCACAAGUAUAGUUAAACAUGUCCACACACACACUGACUGACAUUGGUAUUGCAUAAAUAGGUUUUCAUUUCAGUGGUGAGUUCUUGCCUUGUUCACCGCCACUGAAAAGAAAACACACACACACACAUUAACAUCUUCACAGACUGUCAUGUCCAUCCUGACAUGCAGAGAGAUGCACACAUAUGAGGAGAAGUAUGCUGUUGUGUAUAUCAUUUUAAUGGACAAUAUCAUUAUGAUGAUGGAUAUAUAUUUUUUAAGGUUUUUAUUCUUGUUUAUUUUGUAUCUUUUCUCAUUGAAUGAAUUUUGAUCUAGGUUUGAUUGGCAUCAUUCAUUCAUCCAAUGAGCUUUAAUCAUGGCUUAUUUUGGGAAAGGGGCAGUGGUGUAAAGUACUUAAGUAAAAAUACUUUAAAGUACUACUUAAGUAGUUGUUUUGGGUAUUUGUACUUUACUAUUUAUAUUUUACUUUUACUUCACUACAUUCUUAAAGAAAAUGAUAUACUUUUUACUCCAUACAUUUUCCCUGACACCCAAAAGUGCUCAUUACAUUUUGAAUGCUUAGCAGGACAGGAACAUUGUCAA